GCGGGGAGCGGCGCGGCGGUGGCUGGCGGGGCUGGGCUGGGCGAGCACUGCGCGCCGGCGGCUGUGACGGGGCAGAGCGCACGACGCCGCCGCCGCCUACGCGCGAGCCGCUACAACCUCCGACCGUCGUCGCCGCCGGCACAGGAGGGGGGCCAAGACGUCUCUCCAACGCGGGGCGAGCGCAGGACCGCGCCAGGCGUCCAAAAGAAGGAAGAUGCCUCGCGGCGACAGAGAAAGCGACUGGAGGGAAAAGGAGCAGUUCCGCAAACUGUUUAUUGGCGGCUUAAGCUUUGAAACCACAGAAGAAAGCUUGAGGAGUUACUACGAGCAAUGGGGAAAGCUUACAGACUGUGUGGUAAUGAGGGAUCCUGCAAGCAAAAGAUCAAGGGGUUUUGGUUUUGUAACAUUCUCUUCCAUGGCUGAAGUUGAUGCAGCUAUGGCUGCAAGACCUCACACGAUUGAUGGAAGGGUGGUUGAGCCUAAGAGAGCUGUGGCUAGAGAGGAGUCUGGAAAACCUGGUGCUCAUGUUACUGUGAAAAAAUUAUUUGUUGGUGGUAUUAAAGAGGACACUGAGGAGCACCACCUUCGUGACUACUUUGAGGAAUAUGGAAAAAUUGAUACUAUUGAAAUCAUUACUGACAGACAGUCUGGUAAAAAGAGAGGGUUUGGAUUUGUUACAUUUGAUGACCAUGAUCCUGUGGAUAAAAUUGUAUUGCAGAAGUAUCACACCAUCAAUGGCCAUAAUGCAGAAGUAAGGAAAGCUCUCUCUAGACAGGAAAUGCAGGAGGUUCAAAAUUCUAGGAGUGGGAGAGGAGGGAACUUCGGUUUUGGUGAUGCUCGUGGAGGCGGUGGCAACUUUGGUCCAGGACCUGGCAGCAAUUUCAGAGGGGGAGCCGGUAAGACAGAUGGAUAUGGAAGUGGCCGUGGAUUCGGUGACGGAUAUAAUGGAUAUGGUGGAGGACCUGGAGGUGGCAACUUCGGUGGCAGUCCUGGUUAUGGUGGAGGAAGAGGAGGCUAUGGUGGAGGAGGACCUGGAUAUGGCAACCAGGGUGGAGGCUAUGGAGGUGGUUAUGACAACUAUGGAGGAGGCAAUUACGGAAGUGGAAACUAUAAUGAUUUUGGCAACUACAACCAACAACCUUCAAAUUAUGGUCCGAUGAAGAGUGGAAAUUUUGGUGGCAGUCGGAACAUGGGGGGACCAUAUGGUGGAGGAAACUAUGGUCCAGGGGGCAGUGGAGGAAGUGGUGGAUAUGGAGGGAGGAGCCGUUACUGAGUUUCCUCAAGCAUGCCAUGGGCUUCACUGUAUAAAUAGGAGAGGAUGAGAGCCCAGAGGUAACAGAACAGCUUCAGGUUAUCGAAAUAACAAUGUUAAGGAAACACUUAUCUCAGUCAUGCAUAAAUAUGCAGUGGUAUGGCAGAAGACACCAGAGCAGAUGCAGAGAGCCAUUUUGUGAAUGGAUUUGGAUUAUUUAAUAACAUUACCUUACUGUGGAGGAAGGAUUGUAAAAAUGCCUUUGAGACAGUUUCUUAGCUUUUUAAUUGUUGUUUCUUUCUAGUGGUCUUUGUAAGUGUAGAAGCAUUCCUUUGAUAAUGUUAAAUUUGUAAGUUUCAGGUGACAUGUGAAACCUUUUUUAAGAUUUUUCUCAAAGUUUUGAAAAGCUUUUAGCCAGGAUCAUGGUGUAAUAAGACAUAACGUUUUCCUUUUAAAAAUUUAAGUGCGUGUGUAGAGUUAAGAAGCUGUUGUACAUUUAUGAUUUUAAUAAAAUAAUUCUAAAGGAAA